UGGGGCAGGCCCAGACCCCAGAUGUCCUCCAAGCUCAGUAAUUUGACCCCAUUAAUGUUGGUUAUUUGCCUGCUUUGUACCAUGACCCGCUCUAAGGACAGAGGACACGGAGGGAACAAUAAUGAGCAAGGUCUUUUCCUGACAGGUCUCAAAGUUCAGAGGGAAGCAGCUAGAAGACAAGGGGCCUCGUUAAGACCAAGUACCUAGAAUAAUGCCUGGCUCUUCGGAGAUGCACAGUCUUUGACCUCGGCUCUCCUGGGACCCAUAAGGAGCGCUAGUGUCCAGAACGUACCAAGGCAUGGCAGGGAAGGCCCCCCUGCAGCCCACCAGCCCUCACACGUAACUGCUGCUCCCUGUGCCCUGCUGACCGACUCAAGUCUGGAGGCCCGGGGACAGCGCCUGCCUCGAGAGGUUGUCCAGGCACUGCUGUCCACAGCGAUGGUGGAGAAUUGGACUCCACAGGCUCACAACCUUCCCGUCAGGCUUCAGGGGCCAGCAGCCUUCAUCCUAGGACUGGUGGCCCUGAACAAUGGCUGAGGGCCAGGGGACCCCAUAAAGUUAGUCUACAGCUUUCAGGGGCCAGCAGCACUCCAGUGCCCGUGGACUAUGACCACCUAUCGGCCCAUCCCCAGUGAUGGUGUGGACCUGGCAGCUGGCUGUGGGGCCAGGGCGGCCGAUGUCCUGCCCGGGCCGCACACCGGGGACUACGCUCCCUUGGGGUUCUGGGUGCAGAACGGCAGCGUGCCCCAGCCCGUGGGCGAGAGCACGGUCAGCGCCGCCACCCGCCCCAGCCCCACCACCCCCGCCAUGCCCAAGAUGGGCGUGCGCGCCCGGGUGGCCGACUGGCCGCCCAAGCGGGAGGCCCUGAGAGAACAGAACAACCCCAGCCCCUGCCUGGACGCAGAUGGCACGAAGGCCACGAAGGCGGCCCAUGCCAUGAGGAGCGUACAACAGAACGGACAGCCCCCCGCCGGUACCCCUACCCCGGCUUCCUCAGGGUCCAAAGCCUUGCACCGACUCGCCAGGAGGCGGUCUAAGGAUGUGGAGUUCCAGGAUGGGUGGCCGCGGUCCCCCGGCCGGGCCUUCCUGCCGCUGCGGAACCGCAGCAGCAGCGAGAUCACCCUCAGCGAGUGCGACGUGGAGGACACGGCGGAGCCCCGGGCGGCCCGCCACACGGGGGCGCUGCCGCUCUUCCGCGAGUACGGAAGCACGUCCUCCAUCGACGUGCAGGGCGUGCCCGAGCAGAGCUUCUUCGACAUCCUCAACGAGUUCCGCAGCGAGCAGCCCGAGGCCCGGGGCACGCCGAGCCUCACCGAGCUCCUGCGGGCCGAUCCCGGUCCCCACGUCUCGGGGGGCGGCGGCGGCGCAGCCAAGGGGGAGGCCCGCAACGGGCAGCCCGCCAAGGACAGCCUGCUGCCGCUGCAGCCCCUGAAGGAGAAGGAGAAGUCCCGUAAGAAGCCCGCUCGGGGCCUGGGCGGCGGGGACCAGGUGGACUCGUCCAUCUUCCGGAAGCUGCGGAGCAGCAGAGCCGACGGCGAAGCGGCCCGGUGCUCCGGGGAGGCCGAGGACGGCCGGAGCCCCCCGGAGGCCAGCCGGCCGUGGGUCUGCCAGAAGAGCUUCGCCCACUUCGACGUGCAGAGCAUGCUGUUCGACCUCAACGAGGCGGCGGCCAACCGGGCGUCCACGGCCCAGCGGCGGAACACGACCACUGGGGCCUCGGCCGCUUCGGCCAUGGCGUCCCUGACGGCGUCGCGGGCCCACAGCCUCGGCGGCCUGGAUCCCGCCUUCACCAGCACGGAGGACCUGAACUGCAAGGAGAACCUGGAGCAAGACCUGGGCGACGACACCAGCAACGACCUGCUGCUCAGCUGCCCGCACUUCCGCAAUGAGAUCGGCGGCGAGUGCGAGCGCAACGUGAGCUUCUCGCGGGCGGCCGCCGGCUCCCCAGGCGGAGGCGGGGGCAGCGGCGAGGUCCGCCCGCCGGAGCCCACCCUGAGCGCCUACCGCACCAACGCCAGCAUUUCAGUGCUGGAGGUGCCCAAGGAGCAGCAGAGGACGCAGAGUCGCCCGCGGCAGUACAGCAUCGAGCACGUGGACCUGGGCGCCCGCUACUACCAGGACUACUUCGUGGGCAAAGAGCACGCCAAUUACUUUGGGGUGGACGAGAAGCUGGGGCCAGUGGCCGUGAGCAUCAAGCGAGAGAAGCUGGAGGACCACAAGGACCACGGGCCUCAGUACCAGUACAGGAUCAUCUUCCGGACCCGAGAGCUCACCACCUUGAGGGGCUCCAUCCUGGAGGACGCCACACCCACCGCCAUGAAGCAUGGCACCGGCCGGGGCCUGCCCCUGCGGGACGCCCUGGAGUAUGUCAUCCCUGAACUCAACAUCCACUGCCUGCGCCUGGCUCUCAACACUCCCAAGGUGACGGAGCAGCUGCUGAAGCUCGACGAGCAAGGGCUCUGCCGGAAGCACAAAGUGGGCAUCCUCUACUGCAAGGCCGGCCAGAGCUCGGAGGAGGAGAUGUACAACAACGAGGAAGCCGGCCCGGCCUUUGAAGAGUUCCUCUCCCUCAUCGGGGAGAAGGUCUGCCUGAAGGGCUUCACCAAGUACGCCGCCCAGCUGGACGUCAAGACCGACUCCACAGGAACCCACUCCCUCUACACGACGUACCAGGACUACGAGAUCAUGUUCCACGUCUCCACUCUGCUCCCGUACACCCCCAACAACAGGCAGCAGCUGCUGAGGAAGAGGCACAUAGGCAACGACAUCGUGACCAUCAUCUUCCAGGAGCCCGGGGCGCUGCCGUUCACCCCCAAGAACAUCCGCUCCCACUUUCAGCACGUCUUCAUCAUUGUCCGGGCCCACAAUCCCUGCACUGAUAACGUCUGCUACAGUAUGGCAGUGACCCGAUCCAAAGACGCUCCUCCUUUCGGCCCCCCGAUCCCCAGCGGAACCACAUUCCGAAAAUCUGACGUCUUCAGAGACUUCUUGCUGGCCAAGGUGAUUAAUGCCGAGAACGCUGCGCACAAGUCUGACAAGUUCCACACCAUGGCCACCAGGACCCGCCAGGAGUACCUCAAGGACCUGGCGGAAAACUGUGUCUCCAACACACCCAUUGACUCCACCGGCAAGUUCAACCUCAUCUCCCUGACCUCCAAGAAGAAGGAGAAGACAAAAGCCCGGGCAGGCGCCGAGCAGCUCAGCGCCGGGGCCAUCGCCUGGAGGGUGGCGGCUGAGGACUAUGCGCAGGGUGUAGAGAUAGACUGCAUUUUGGGAAUUUCCAACGAGUUUGUGGUGCUCCUAGACCUACGCACUAAGGAAGUGGUGUUCAACUGCUACUGCGGGGAUGUCAUCGGCUGGACCCCAGACUCCUCGACAAUCAAAAUCUUCUACGGGCGAGGGGACCACAUCUUCCUCAAGGCCUCUGAGGGUUCUGUGGAGGACAUAAGAGAAAUUGUCCAGAGACUGAAGGUGAUGACCAAUGGCUGGGAGACUGUGGACAUGACCCUGCGGCGGAACGGGCUGGGGCAGCUGGGCUUCCACGUGAAGUAUGACGGGACCGUGGCCGAGGUGGAGGAUUAUGGGUUUGCCUGGCAGGCCGGCCUGCGGCAGGGCAGCCGGCUGGUGGAGAUCUGCAAGGUAGCCGUGGUCACACUGACCCACGACCAGAUGAUCGACCUGCUACGCACCUCUGUCACCGUCAAGGUGGUCAUCAUCCCGCCUUUCGACGACGGCACACCCCGGAGGGGGUGGCCGGAAACAUAUGAUAUGAAUACCUCGGAGCCCAAGACGGAGCCGGAGGGCCUGGCCCCGGGGGGCAGGCCCCCCUACCGCAGCAAUGCUCCCUGGCAGUGGAGUGGGCCCGCGUCCCACAACUCUCUCCCGGCCUCCAAGUGGGCCGCCCCCGCCACCCCCGGACAUGCCCAGUCCCUGAGCCGGCCCCCGAAGCAGACCCCCAUGGUCCCCUUCCGGGAGUCCCAGCCCCUGCACAGCAAGAGGCCUGUCAGCUUCCCUGAAACCCCUUACACAGCGUCACCAGCAGGGGUCGACAAAGUCCCUCCCUACCGACAGCCUUCUGGGAGCUUCUCCACCCCCGGCUCAGCCACCUACGCGAGAUACAAGCCAUCCCCAGAAAGGUACACGGCCGCCCCACACCCGCUGCUGUCUUUCGAGCCGCACUUCAGCCACGACGGGACAUCCAGCGGCGACUCCUCGUCAGGCGGCCUGACCAGCCAGGAGAGCACCAUGGAGCGUCAGAAGCCAGAGCCUUUGUGGCAUGUGCCCGCCCAGGCCCGGCUCUCAGCCAUGGCUGGAAGCAACGGGAGCAAGCACGCCUCCAGGCAGGACGCAGCAGGCAAAGAUUCCCCCAACAGGCAUUCCAAGGGGGAGCCCCAGUACUCCAGUCAUUCCAGCAGCAAUACCCUCUCCAGCAACGCUUCCAGCAGCCACAGCGAUGACCGUUGGUUUGACCCCCUGGACCCCCUGGAACCAGAGCAAGACCCUCUCUCCAAGGGUGGCUCUAGCGACAGUGGCAUCGACACUACCCUCUACACCUCCAGCCCCAGCUGCAUGUCCCUGGCCAAAACACCUCGACCGGCCAAGCCGCACAAGCCCCCGGGAAGCAUGGGCCUCUGCGGGGGUGGGCGCGAGGCCACCGGGCGGUCUCACCAUGCAGACCGGCGGCGGGAGGUCUCACCCGCCCCGGGCAUCACUGGACAGAACAAGGGCUACCGACCGAAGCUGUACUCCUCAGGCUCCAGCACCCCGACCGGCCUGGCCGGGGGCAGCCGCGACCCAUCCAGGCAGUCCAGCGACAUGAGCUCACGGGCCGGCUACCCCGCUCAGGUUCACAAGACAGCCAGCACCGAGAGCCCGCGGCCCUCACAGCUGGCCCAGCCCAGCGCCUUCCAGCUCUCCACCUCUGUCCCCAAGUCCUUCUUCUCCAAGCAGCCCGUGCGCAACAAGCACCCCACAGGGUGGAAGAGGACAGACGAGCCCCCGCCACGGCCACUCCCCUUCACUGACCCAAAGAAGCAGGUGGACAGCAGCACGAGAAACGUCUUCGGGCAGCCGCGGUUGAGGGCCUCCCUCCGAGACCUCCGCUCCCCACGGAAGAACUACAAGUCCACCAUCGAAGAUGACCUGAAGAAGCUCAUCAUCAUGGACAACCUGGCGCCCGAGCAGGAGAGAGAAACCGGCCAGUCGCCACAGAAGAGCCUGCAGCGGACGCUGUCAGAUGAGAGUCUGUGCAGUGGGCGUCGGGAGCCCAGCUUCGCCAACCCUGCCGGCCUGGAGCCGGGCCUGCCCAGCGACGUGCUCUUCACCAGCACCUGCGCCUUCCCCUCCAGCACGCUGCCCACCCGCCGCCAACACCAGCACCCCCACCCGCCUGGCGGCCCUGGCCCCAUCCCCACCACCGCCGGCAACAGCUUCCCCGAGAAGAAAUCCACCAUCUCAGCCUCCGAGCUCUCACUGGCCGACGGGCGGGACCGGCCCCUGCGGCGUCUGGACCCAGGAAUGAUGCCACUCCCCGACACGGCUGCUGGCCUCGAGUGGUCCAGCCUGGUGAACGCAGCCAAGGCCUAUGAAGUGCAAAGAGCCGUGUCACUCUUCUCUCUCAACGACCCAGCUCUGAGCCCGGACGUCCCGCCUGCACACAGCCCUGUCCACAGUCACCUGAGCCUGGAAAGGGGGCCCCCGACCCCCAGGACCACCCCAACCAUGAGCGAGGAGCCGCCCCUGGAUCUGACAGGCAAGGUGUACCAGCUGGAGGUGAUGCUGAAACAGCUGCACACGGACCUCCAGAAGGAGAAGCAGGACAAGGCGGUGCUACAGUCAGAGGUGGCCAGCCUGAGGCAGAACAACCAGCGGCUGCAGGAGGAAUCGCAGGCCGCCAGCGAGCAGCUGCGAAAGUUUGCGGAGAUCUUCUGCAGGGAAAAGAAAGAACUCUGAGGUGGAGAGGCUACCACCCCCACCGGCCGCCUGGGCGGACGUGGGCUCCUGCCCUCCUCUCCCUCGGCCCGGCCCCUGCUCGCAGGCGUGACCAAGAUACUGCAGCCCAGGCCCCACCGCCCUUUCAAGGACACGGACGCUUGGGGCAGCAGUGGGACCUGAGGGAGGCCUCCCCCGGCUGUCUACUCUUGGUCCUUGAGCCCCAGAGGGCAAUGUGGUCUCCGGCCUCCCUCUGAGCUGCUCUCUCUGGUUCUUGGGGGCUGGGCCCAUGCCCACACCAUCCCCAGGGGGCCCGUCCCACCCUCCUCACCCAACCUCUUCCUAGGACCAAGCCAUUGGAAGCUGUAGGAAGGGAGGGAGGGCAGGAGUGAGUCUCCAAACCCCACAGCUCCAGGAGCUCACAAACCAGGUUUCCUCACCACAUCCAACAGUAUCUGGGGUGGUGGGGCCUUGACCCCUGCAUGAAAAAUCAUGGUGGGAAACUGGCCCAGCGGCGUGGAAGGGCCAGGGCUCUCCAUCCUGGGUGCACUGGCUCCAAAAAGCACGGACUUUGCCCCCUCCCCACCCUAUCCUCCAAAAAGCAACCGGGAGCACUUUCUUAGAGUUUGAUUUAUUUUCUUGAGGGGAGGGCAUCCCAGGAUGGAAAGAGGAAACGCCAGCAUUCCAGAGUUAACUUCUUUGAUGGGGAAGCUAUUUGCACACUUGGGACCAUUUCCACAGUCUUUUUCAACCAGUCCCCAGACUGCCAGAGGCCGCGGCGCCUGGGCCCCUCCACCUUCGAGCUACUGACGCGUCCGGGCCCAGCGGCUCACCUCUCCUCCUCCAUCAGCCCCGGCCUCUUCUGGACACCAGGAGGGCCUCCACCGAGGCCUCAGGCCAGGACUGGAGAGAAACAGCCUUCAUCUCCUCUCUGCUUCUGUUUUCCCUUUACAAGACCCCCAGCCCAUCUUGCAGGUCCCCCAGCAGCGACGUUGGACCCCCCUGGGGAACACUGCAGUGCGCACCCCCACUAGGCGCUGGUUCUCCAAAGGCAAUAAGGGGCAGCUGGCUGGGCAGCCGAGCCAGUGUGGUACUACGCUGUUCACCCAGGAAACAGAGCUUCUUUUUUUUUUUCCUUUAAAAACAAACAAAAAAAAUAUAUAUAUAUAUUUAUUUUUUCAUGUAGAGUUGCGCCAGAACAAGUCUGUAUGGUCACACAAUCUGUGGAUUGCCCCAACCUCAAACUGAGGAUCGAGGCUUGUUCCCCGCUCCCAGUGGGCUGGGGCUCAGUGGGGGGGACUCAGAGGGACAAAAACCGGGCAGGCCUGGGGACCCUGCUCCAAGCAGCACACUCCAACUGGGAGGUCAGCGCUAGGCGUCCCAGCCCCACGUCCAGAGAUCCCCACCACCUUCUCUCUGGGGCCAGAAACCUCAGGGGAGGAGGCCCACACAGGACACAGACUUUUAAGGAGCAAGAGAAAAGGACCCUGGUCCCUGAAGCAACACUGCAGUCCCACAAUAAGAGCCCUCGGACCUGCCAUCUCCUCUCCCCCAGGAAGGGAGGGGGGGCGGCCCUUGGGGUCCUCAGCCCUGGCCAACUACUGUGAUGUCUCUGCCCCUCUUCCCGGAUCCCUUCUUGGAAGGGUUCUCCAGGACCACCCACCCCACCCCCACCCCUUUCCUCCUCAGACCCUAACCUGGAGCCUGCCCCACCCCUACCCUCUUUUUUUAAGUCAUCUCCUACCUUCAGAUCAUUUGAGUCAUCUUGGGGACCUAAUCAUGUACAUUAACACGUGUAAAUUAGGAUUUUUGGUUUUGUUUCCUGUUGUUUUUUAAGGAUCUCUGCAAAGCACAUCUAUUUAAUUCGAGUUUGGUGAAGAUAGCAGCAGGGUUUUUUGUGUUUUUUUUUUUCCCCUCUCUUUUCCCCCUAGUAUGUUGAUUUGUUUCAUCUGGAUUUUUUUUUUUUUUAAGUUCUUUAUUGUCUUACCCUCCCCACAUCCCCUCCCCAUCCCAGUCUUGAGAUUUUCUGGCAUGUUUCUGGAGGUUUCAAAGGAAAUAAAUGUUUCAUAGAA